UUAUGUUUCCUUUGUGUUUAGGUACCUCCAACUUUCAACGUUUUUUCGAUCAAUGCGCAGCACGUGUCAAUGCUGAAUUUGAACGUUCAGAGGCCGAUGCCCGUCAAUUAUCAAAUUCAUUGGAUGCACUUUCCGGUCUUGCCCAAAAUAUUUCAAAGCGUGUAGCAGCAUUGGAUCUGGGAAAGAGUCGAGUUGUUGAGUGUUUGCAACAUGUUAGUGAUUUACGGGAUUUGGGGACCUGUGCAAACGGUGUACAACAGGCAAUUAGGGAUGGUAAUUUUGAGGAGGCAGCCAGCCAUAUUCAUCGAUUUUUGACGCUGGAUUCGAUUGUUUUCAAAAUGAGCGAUAGUCAGGAUGUUAAAGAUGCCGGAUAUUCCGUCAAAAAUUGUUAUGAUAUAUUAAGACAAGCGUCGAUUGAGCUUAAACAACAGAUUGAACAAAAAUUUGACGAAGCUAAAGCAAAGGGUGAUGUUUCGACAAUGGAGCGUUUAUUCAAACUUUUCCCGUUAAUAAAUGAACAUCAAAGUGGGUUAAAACGAUAUGGAUCGCAUAUUUGUGAUAAAAUUGCUGAACUUUCUCAACAGAAUUAUAAAAUUAUGCAGGCCGGUGGAACAGACGAUAAUCGAAAAAAUGUUCUUUUUGCUGAUACUUUAACUAUGCUUUUUGAAGGUAUCGCUAGAUUGGUUGAAUUGAGUCAGCCUGUUAUUAUUAGUGCUUAUGGACAGGAUAAAAUGUUGGAUUUAAUUGAAAUAAUACAGCCACAAUGUGACAAGCAGACAAGUUUAAUUUUGGAUGCUUUUUUGCAGAACCGACAUUUUCAAGAAUUGGCUAACCAAGUACGCGUAUUACUCAACACAGAUGGGUUUUCGCAGACUGGUUAUUUUUAUUCUUUUUUGUUUUUCUUAUUUUUGAUUUUAUUUUCAGAACGAAUUAACCCAAUAGAGCUUGAUUUGCUCCUUUCUGAAGUUACUCUAAUGCAUACCCGUGCUGAACUUUUUUGGAGAUUUCUUAAGCGUCGAUUGAAUCGGUCUGUUGAUUUGGAAAGGAAAAAGAAGGACGGUGAAGGGAAUGAGUUGAAUGAGGUUUCGGGGAAGAAUGACUUGGAUGACCCUUUAAUUGAUGAACAUCGAGAUUUUGAAAGUGAAGAACAACGGGAAGAAUACACUGCAAAAAUGAAGAAGCAACGUGAAGAAAGGGAUAGAAAAUUGGAUUUGGUUUUGAAUCGAUCUGGUUUGAACACGAGAAUGCAGGAGCUGUUGGGUAAUUAUGUGCUAAUGGAGCAAUAUUAUAUGACCAAUUCUGUUCAAAAAGCAAUUUCUAUGGACACGGUUGAGGAUGGGGCUUUGACUAGGUUUGAAUUUUUUCACAUUUUUGACUUUUUCAAAUUUUUUCUUUCUUUAAGUUCUCUUCUGGAUGAUGUUUUCUUUAUUGUGCGCAAAUGUAUUCGUCGUUCCAUCAGUUCUUCCUCUAUUGACUGUAUUUGUGCUAUGCUUAACAAUGGGGUGACUUUACUCGAAACUGAAUUUUUCAAAUGUAUCAGUGCUCCAAUUAAGUCAGGAUAUCCAAGCAGUGGAUGGACAACAGAAGCAUAUCAAACUGCUCAAAGUGCUUACACCGCCGUUCUGCAGCAAAGCAAGGUUGUUACUGACACUUCUGUCAACAGUAUAGAGAAGCAACGAAACUCAUUUUUGAUUGGACUUAAUAAUAUGCGUAGUUCAGUUGAAUGUAUUUGUACUCUAAAAUUGGGAUUAGCAGAGGAUUUUGAGAAAUAUUUGAGCCAGAUAACCCCUCUAGAGAGUAAAAAACUCGAAAAUGCUGUUAGUCAAUUAGAUGAUUUUACAAAACGUUUAGAACAGCAUGCGAAUCUUGGAAUCGUUAAGCUUUGUGAUGCAGCAAUUAGGACUAAACUUAAAUCGAGUGCUGACGAAUUUCUUGAACUUUCACAUAUUUUGUCGGAUGAAGAAUUGGCCGAUUUUGAAAUAAAUGAUCCUUUUAUGAGCAAUUUUAUUUUACAAUUGGACAAGCAAUUGGUACGCUUUGAGACGCUUUUAGUGCAAGAAAAUUAUAAGAUGUUGGUGUCUUGUUGCGCUGGUGAAGUAGCACAACAAUUAGAAAGAGUAAUAUUUAAAUGUUCUUUUAAUCGACUUGGUGCUCUUUUGCUUGAUAAAGAAUUUAGAGAAUUAUCGUCUUAUUUAAGCUCUAUAGCAAGUUGGAAUAUUCGUGAAAAAUAUAGUCGGCUUUCUAAUAUUGUUACUUUAUUAAAUUGUGAAAGUUUGGAUGAAGCAAUACAAUUAUUAGAGCAAAUAAAUAAUUCUCUUCUAUCAACGGCAAUAUUGUCACAAAAUGAUAUUAGACGAACACUGAGUCUUCGAGAAGAAUUCUCACGAGACCAAAUUAAUUCAAAGGUUAAGGCUUUGAAAAUUUAAUUAGACACAAGUUUGUUAUAAAUCUAUUUUUAAGGGAUGUCACGGGUUAUCAUAAGCCUAGAUCCGAGUAAAAUUUUCCAAAAACCCGUUCCGACCUCUGACCUUUCCUCGACACGAAACCCGACCCGACUUUUUUCCUUCUUAGUUCCUCUAACUGACUCGAUCCGAAAUCCGGAUUUUUUCUAUUCGAAGUCCGAUUUGAGUAAAAUUUUUCAAAAUUUGACCAAGGCCUGCUUAAUCCUUCUAACUUGACCCUAAACUCGGCCUGAAACCUUGAGACCUCUCGGUCCGUAACAUCCCUAUUAUCUUUUCUGUUUAUUUUGCAUAAUAUUUUUAAAAAAUGAUUUUGGCUGUGAUA